AAGAGGAAGAGGCGGAGUUACGGAAGUAGAAGCUACGUGUGCUUAACCCAGAGCUGUUGUAGAUAAAAACCAAACGCUUAUUUGUACAAGGAGUGUUGCUAACAAACUUCGAUUUGAGGCAAAGCAAACCAGAAGGAAUAUGGUGCUGUUGGAAAACGAUGCGUUUCUUACAGAGCUGACACGACUAUUUCAGAAAUGCAGAACGACCGGCAGUGUCGUCAUCACUUUAAAGAAAUAUGAUGGUAGAACGAAACCUGUCCCGAGAAAAGGCCAUACGGACACAUUUGACCCAGCAGACAACAAAUGCCUACUGAGGGCCUCCGAUGGCAAGAGGAAAAUAAGCACAGUGGUCAGCACCAAAGAGGUUAUCAAGUUUCAGAUGGCGUACUCCAACUUGCUACGAGCGCACAUUGAUGGGCUGAAGAAAAAAGAUAAGAAGAGUAAAGGAAAGAAGACCAAAGCCACGCAGUGAAUCCCCACCGCCUGUAGUGUUACAUGUAGGGAGUAAUUCAGUUUCAAACUGAAUAGCGGCAGUAUUCGGGUUAAAACGAGCUCCGGCAUAUUCAGGUUACAUGUGUGCUCGUGACUCGUGCGUAAUAGAACAUUGCCAAUAUUCCGUCUAAAAUCAGACUAUUUCCUGCAUGUGACUGCAGUUGCUGGCUUUGGUAUACAUACUGGUGAACCUGCCAGUGCCAUUUUUUUUUCUCGUUUUCAUCGCCCUUUUUUCAUUAGUUUUCUUGUCCGUCAUCUCCCAGGGAUCUUGCCAUGUACCACUUUUUCCUUGCCAUGUGAUUACAAAAGAACAAAUCACUUUCCCAAAAACAUUUUCGUAUGCGGUGCUCCCUUUGCAAUAUAUCACAUUACUAAAGGUUUAUAUAUACAAUAACUUUAUAGGCCUACGUACUUUUCUCUCUCCGCACAUGCAAAUAAAUUGCUUGCACAGAGUGCAUGUGCGUGGUAAAAUAGCGUACAUAUGAACUUUUAGUUAUGUGAGACCUAUUUCCGAUAUAUUGCCAAAAAGGCAACUCAUACUCAAAGCAGUACUUCAAGCCUAAGUAGUACUAAAAGUUUUUGGGAAACGCAGCCCAGAUCAUUGAUAGCUGUGGCCCUGGGUGCUCACCGAAUCAUGCCUGCAUUUUGAACGCCAGAACUGUGACAUGACUGUGGUCAGUCCUGCUAAUGUUCUAGUUCCAGUUCCAUGUUCUUGAAUCUGUAUUCUUACUGGAGGAAAGGUGCCACAUCAAUCUGGAGUGGUCAGACGGAUGGUUUUUUUUUAAUUUUUUUAAAAAUAUUUUUUCUUAUCUUUUUGGAGCCAGCAGCAUACAUCACUCUUUCUUUUUAUGUUUUUUUUUCUUUUUCUUAUUUAUAAUUUUAAAGAAAUCCAGAGUCUCUUUUUUUGUAAUGUCCUUAUGGGUUUUUAUGUCCUUUUGUUUUUUUAAUUGCUGUCAAAAGCUCAGAUAUAGAUAAUCCACAUAACAUUAUUUAUAAGGAGUUCUUUUCCCUUCUGUGGUGUAAACAUGUGCCUUACACCAAUUCUACCCUUUGCUCCCAAAUCCAUGCUCUUUGGGAAAGAAGGGUUUGGACUGUUGCUGAACGACUGAAGGAAAGCGAAAAGGAGAGUAAUAUGAUUUGGUAGUUAUUGGAUGAAGCAUGGUUUCUGUCUUGGAUCAGGGCUGAAUGCCUGUGCAUUUUGUGACCAUUUUUUGUUUUGUUUAAACAAGCAGUGCAACUCCUCUGCAGGCCUGACCAUGAACUGCUGUACGGGAGGGAAGGUCUGCAUAUGUGUUUUACCCUUCGUGUAGGGUCAUCAUCUAAAAGAAACAAAUUAGAGGCUAUAUAAUUCUUACGUAAUUUAGGGCCGAUGAGGGAUAACUUGGUUUGUAUUUUGGUUUUCAUAGGUUAAAUCAAUAAAUAAAUGCACUGUAUUCAUCUGUAACCCCAUGCCUGGUGUCUCCUCUGAUUCGCUGAAUAUGAACACCCUUAUUUUGUCUUA